UUGGUUUCGGAUCCCGCGAAAAUGGCUCUCGACCCGAAAUAUGCCGACCUUCCUUGGAUCGCUCAUGGGCAACCGGAUGUAUACGAAGCCGGGGAGCUCCCGGAGGUAGAUCAGCGCCUUUCAAGAGCCGACCUGGAAGAUGAAAUGCUUCCCAAAGAAAUAGAGAAACUUAGACUUUCUGUGAGUGACGCUCAUAAGCGGUUUGCCUCGUGUAAGGUGGACUCUUCGAAAGUUGAUUCGAUUGCUGGUACUGGGAAGCGAGGGUAUGCUAUAGAGACGGAUGAAUAUGAACUGCUUCCACCCGAUGCUCGUGACCGGGAGUCGUUCAUGAGCCGUUUGCAACGCUUGCAAACUGAGGUGGCACAGCUCGUGGAGGAUGCAGCCUCGAUGUCUGAUCAGUCACAGGCUAACCCAGAAAAACCAAUCAACCCAGCCGAGCUUUCUAAACUUGCAGAAGUGCUUAGUGAUCAGUUAAAGCAGCUGGAGACAAAAGGUCUGGACGACAGUUUUGCAGCACUUGAUACUGCCGACAAGACAUUGUUCAAAAGAGUCUUAGCACAACUGGACGCAUUCAAACCCGAUAGAACUGAUGUUCGGAAGCCGGAGGAUUCAACGCGCAUUGUCUACGAGAUUUACGAUCGACAGGAUGUCACCAAGCAAACAGACUUGGAGCGAGUGGCCGAUAUGGAUCGUCGUAUUCAGAGAUUGGAGGCGUUGAUUGGUCAGGCGGACCCGACUAAGUUGUCUGCACUCACAGCAGACACUGCACAACGCAGUCUAUUGGAAACUGCGUCGCGCCUUUCGGCACGCACUGCACUGCUUCAUCCUGGACACCUAGAUAUGAUCGAAACCCGUUUAUCGUCUCUUCACACGAAAUUGCAGUCAAUCACUGAGAAGCGUGAAACACUGUCAGAUGCUGACACACAAAACAAGGUUGCCGAACUGUAUGAGUUGGUCAAAAAGUGGAAUGACGUGGCGGACAGUCUCCCCAUGAUAGUAGAGCGCUUAUCGGAGUUGAAAGAACUACACGAGGAAGCUUCUGAAUUCAGUAACCUACUGUCGUCCAUUGAAAACGGACAAAAAUCGGUCAGCGAACAGCUGGAUGCCUAUUCGAAACUGUUAACAGAGGUUCAGCUUAAAGUGGAUCAAAAUAUGGAAACGCUCAAGAAGGACUUUUCCAGCCUGGAAUCUCGUCUUUCUUAA